AUGACGAACGAGACGCCGGAGAAGAAAAUCUCCGUCUUUAGCCGCGAGAGCAACUGCUUCGACCGGCCGCCGGCGCAGCAGGACAAGCUCGACGAGAGGCUCAAGGACCUCGAGAAGCUCUUCGAGGUCAGCGCCGAGACGCUGCGUGAGAUCACCGAUCGCUUCGUCGAGGUGCUGCGCGAGGGUCUGCAGAAGCCGGAACAGACUGUGCCCAUGCUUCCUACGUUCGUGUUCGGCUGGCCGACCGGCAAGGAGACGGGCAAGUACCUCUCGCUCGACCUCGGUGGCACCAACGUCCGCGUCUGCCUUGUGCACCUCAAGGGCGAGGGCAAGUUCGAGAUCACCCAGUCCAAGUACCGCCUCACGGACGAGCAGAAGCAGGAGGACGGCUCCAAGCUCUUUGACUUUUGCGCCGAUAACGUCGCAGAGUUUGUGCAGAAGCACUACUCCGAAGAGGAGCGCAACGGAGAGCCGAUCUCGCUCGGUUUCACUUUCAGUUACCCUACCGUCCAGAACGCCAUCGACCACGGCGAGCUGAUCCGCUGGACCAAGGGCUUUGGCAACCCCAACACCGAGGGCCACGACUGCGCGGACAUGCUCCGCAAGAGUCUCCAGCGCCGCAAGGUCCCGGUCGAGCUCAAGUCGAUCAUCAACGACACAACCGGUACCCUCAUCGCCUCGAACUACGUCGAGCGCGACACAAAGAUCGCGUGCAUCUUUGGCACGGGCUGUAACGCGGCGUACAUGGAGCACAUUGGCGAGAUCCCCAAGAUUGCGCACCUCGAGCUGCCCCACGACGAGGACAUGGCGAUCAACUGCGAGUACGGCGCGUUCGACUCGUUCAAGCCCCAGUACCUUCCACGCACCAAGUACGACGAGUACAUCGACCUGCACUCGAACAAGCCCAAGGAGCAGGUGUAUGAGAAGAUGAUCGCGGGUCUCUACCUCGGCGAGAUCUUCCGCCUGAUUCUGUGCGACCUCGUGGAUGAGGGCGUGCUGUUCCUCGGUCAGGAGACAUACAAGAUCGAGAAGCCGUUCAGCUUCGACACCGCCUUCCUCUCGCUGAUCGAGACCGACCCGACGGACGAGCUGCUCACCGUCAUGGGUCUGUUCAAGUACUUCUUCGGCCUCGAGACCGAGAUCGAGGAGCGCAAGUUCUUCCGCAAGCUCUCGCGCAGCAUCGGCACGCGCUCGGCCCGCCUGAGUGCCUGCGGUAUCUCGGCGAUCGUCAAGAAGAUGGGCUACACCAAGGACGGCUGCAUGGUCGGCUGCGACGGCAGCCUCUACGCCAAGUACCCCAACUUUGCCGACCGUCUGCACGAGGCGCUCGUCGACAUCCUCGGCCCGGACGGCAAGAAGAUCCGCACGCGCCAGGCCGAGGACGGCUCGGGCGCGGGCUCGGCGGUGAUUGCGGCCAUGACCAAGGAGCGCAAGUCGGCCGGCCGCUACAGUCACGUCUAA